CUCCAGGCAAGCCGAGGGUGAAGUGUUGGCAGUACUUUAACCUCUCUCUCUCCCUCCCCCCUCUUCCCCUUUCUCUCUCCCCACCUCCCUCCAACCCAAUCAUCCCUAAACCACACCAUGUCCGACAUAGAAAAAGGGUCAGCGGGCUCCCACGACAAGGAGACCCGCGUCGACGCGGCCACUCUUCCCGCCUAUGAGGCCGGCAGCGUCGCCGAGGCGCAACAGGAGGACUUCAUGACGCGCAACGGUCUCAACCUCGCCUCCUUCAAGCCCCGCCGGUUCCACACGGGCGACGGCACCGAGAUCGAGCGCACCAUGAAGUCCCGCCACCUGCACAUGAUUGCCAUUGGCGGCUCCAUCGGCGCCGGUUUCUUUGUCGGGUCCGGCAAGGCGCUGCACAACGGCGGGCCGGCGUCGCUGCUGAUUGAUUUCGCCAUCAUCGGCGUCAUGAUGUUCAACGUCGUGUACGCCUUGGGUGAGCUGGCUGUCAUGUUUCCUGUUACCGGUGGUUUCUACACCUACUCGACUCGCUUUAUUGAUCCGUCUUGGGGGUUCGCCAUGGGUUGGAACUAUGUUUUCCAAUGGGCGAUUGUCUUGCCUUUGGAACUUACUGUUUGCGGGUUUACGGUCGGGUACUGGAAUCAGGAUAUAAGUGUUGCCGUCUGGAUCACCAUCUUCCUCGUCGCCAUCAUCAUCAUCAACGUCUUCGGCACCCUCGGUUACGCCGAAGAGGAAUUCUGGGCUUCGGCAUUCAAGCUCGGCGCCACCAUUGUCUUCCUCAUCAUCUGCCUCGUCAUGGUCCUCGGCGGCGGUCCCAAAGGCAGCCGCUACGACCACUACACCGGCGCCGCCCUGUGGUACUCCCCCGGCGCCUUCGCCAACGGCUUUAGGGGGUUCUGCUCCUGCUUCGUCACCGCCGCUUUUGCCUUUUCGGGCACCGAACUCGUCGGUCUCGCUGCUGCCGAGGCCAAAAACCCCGUCAAGUCCCUUCCCGGCGCCAUCAAGCAAGUCUUUUGGCGCAUCACCCUCUUUUACAUCCUCGGUCUCUUCUUCGUCGGCUUGCUCAUCCCCUAUGACGACGAGAACCUUUUGGGCGCUAACCCGUUCAUCAACGUCAACGCCUCCCCCUUUGUGCUGGUGGGCAAGUACGCGAACCUGACGGGCUUCGACUCGUUCAUGAAUGUGGUUAUUCUGGUGUCGGUCCUCUCGCUCGGUGUUUCUUGCGUCUAUGGUGGCUCGCGCACCUUGACUGCCCUCGCUCAGCAGGGGUACGCGCCCAAGAUCUUUACGUACGUUGAUCGCUCCAACCGCCCGCUUUUCUCGGUGCUGGCCAUCAUUGCGUUUGGACCCUUGGCGUAUGUCAAUUUGGCGGCUGCUGGUCCGACGGUGUUCGAUUGGUUGCUUUCGCUUUCUGGGCUGGCGGCGCUGUUCACGUGGGGAUCGAUUUGCUUGAGCCAUAUUCGCUUUCGCAAGGCGUGGGCGCUCAAGGGGCAUAGUGUGGAGGAGAUUCCGUUCCGGGCUGCGGGCGGUGUGUGGGGAUCGUGGCUGGGGCUGGUGUUGGUUGUUUUGGUGUUGAUUGCUCAGUUCUACGUAGCCAUCUGCCCUCCCGGCGGCGGCUUCAACACAGUCGAGGGUUUCUUUGUGCAGUACCUUGCCCUCCCUGUCGUCAUCGUCUUUUGGAUCGGCGGUUUCAUCUGGAAGCGCACGAGCUGGCUCCGCGUUGACCAGAUCGAUGUUGAUACGGGCCGUCGCGAACAUGAUUGGGAGUCGAUCAAUGCGUACCAAGCUGAGUUGGCGGCUAUGCCUGCUUGGAAGAGGUGGUUCCAUAAGCUGUUUGUCUAAAAGUUG